AUGAGACUGCGCCGUUGCCCGGAUGAGAGCAGCGUGACACUGGCUGUGUACAAGGAGCCAAUUCCACAGGAGAAUGGCUGGCUCUGGGUGCAGAAGGAGUCCAAAGACAUGUGUGGCGGCAGUGGCAUCGUGGAUGAGAAGAUCCUGGUGCUUGAGGUCCUCUGUAAGAGCUUGCCGACUACUUGCGAAGUGUAUGAUGUGUUGAAAUCCCCGGAUGAGGCAGAAUCGGUCACCCGCAUUCUGGACAAGCAUUUGCGAGACGAUAUGCACAACAUGCCCAUGCUUGUGGUGGAGGCGCACAAGCCGCCCCACACCAGUCCGGCAGUACGGUACAUCCUGGACAAAGAGCUGCAGGACAAGACGGUCGGCAUCGUCUCCAAGUGCGAUUUGUGCAUCGACAACAGGGAUGCUCUCCGAGCGCGGAUCUUGCAUGAGCCUUCAGUGCCCACAGACGGCUCGCCCAGCGAGUCGCCAGAGGACUUUCUUGCACACGAUCUCGGCGCUGUCCGGAUGAAGUGCUGGAUCGCAAGCAUGCAGGGACCCGAGAAGCAGGGCGAGGAGCGAGCGAAGGAGCUCGAGACACACAACUUCGAACGGGAGAAUGCUUAUUUUGCGAAGAUCCCAGAGCUGCAGGACCUCCAGGAGAAGGGGCACGCAGGAGUCCCAUGCCUCGUGGAGAAGCUUCAGAAGGAAUAUCUCAACCACCUGCACCUGUCCUGGAAGUGGGAUGCCUUCUACAAGCUGGAGGCAAAGUUGGACCGGCUGCAGUUCGAUCUGAGCUUGCUCGGAGUGGUGCCGGAGGACCAGAAAGAGCAGCUUGCAAGUGCGGAGGCUUUGUAUCAGUCCUUCGUCACGGACGUGCUUGGAGACGGCCUGUUUCGAAGGAUCUCAGAUGCUCUGCUCCAGUUCCAGGGAUCAGGCUACACGUGCGAAGGCUUCAAGCAGCAGAGUGCUAUUGAUCGCGCAUGCGCUGAGAUUCGCAAGAUCACGGGAGAGGCUCUCGAGGCAGUUUCCAGUCAUCUGGUGAAGCCGGUGCGGGAGAUCCUCGAGACGGAAAGCAAGGUCACCCAUGCUCCAGAGUGCCUCGGGCUCGAGCCACUGCAAGCCUUUGAGGAGGGCAAACGCUGGAAGAGUAUGCAGCAGACGCUGAGAGAUCAGCCGAUCAUCCAGCUAAGCAGCUACGCAACAUACACCGAUGCCAUCAUGCAGCGGUGCGAGACCCUGCAUGCGGAUGCCGUUCAGCAGCUCCGGAACAAGAGCGAGGAGCUUUUGAAGCGCUUGGCCGAUCUUGACGCGCCGUCCCCCUGGAUUCAGGUGAAAGCUUUAUUUGAGCCGCAGGGCUUGGGCACCUCCCGAAGCAAGGUGGUGAUGUACUGCAAGGCAGAAGAGUUUGCCCACGCAAUGUAUGCACUUUUCCUUCGCCAUAUACCCUCGCAAGAUCAGCUGGCGAAUUUGCACGAAGGCCUUCCUGUGGGCGAAGAGCGAGCGGAGACGCGAUCGCAGGUCGACAGUCUGACGGCGGAGAGGGCAAAGGUGCUCGAAGCUCGGACUGGCAUCCGCGACGCGCUUUCCAUCGAUGACGAAGAGUUCGCAGAGAUCCAGCAGAAGUAUGAGGCGGCGGCUUUGUUGAAACCUCCCUUCGUAGCGCCGACACCAAGCACCACGGAGGCCGGCAGCUCCAGCGGCGAGGACUCAGGAGGAGUUAGUGCCUCAUCUUCGGACGGGGAGAUCGUGGCGACUAUCAAGGUUCACUGCAAAUCUUGGGCAUCAAGCUUUGAGAUGGAACUCCUGAGCGAGGCAACCGUGCAAGACCUGAAAGAGCUUAUCCGAGCAGAACUUGGCGAGUCCUCUGAGCAGCAGCUGAAGCUCAUUUUUAAGGGCGACACGCUGGAAGACGCGCGCUGCGUGAAGGACCUCGGAAUUGCUGAGGAUGAGUUCCUUGUGGUGGACAAAGCUCAGGAGGCAGAUGACUUGCUUCAUGACUUGGUGGAGCAACAGUAG